AUGACGUGGAAUCCUGGCCAUGGUGAACUAGAAACAAAAUACAAACAAGCUGAAAUGGACCAUGAGGAAAUAUUAGAAAAGAAAAAUGAAGUUAUUGCUUCACUGAAAAGUGAAUUGGAACAUGCAAAUGACUUGUUGAAAGCAGCUAAUGCACAAAAUCUAGACAUGGCUUUGAGUGACUUAGCUCCAUCUGCAGCAACUGCAAGCAAACUGCUCAAGUCAGGCAUGUCUUUGACGCAAAUCUAUUCACAACUUGUCAAAGUAACAGAAGAACUAGCCAGGGAUAAGGAGAAAAAUGUUCGUGAAGAUGCUCGGCUUAAUUUCACCGGUCUAUCAGUUAAGUAUGGACAUCCCGCAGAACAAUACCAAGUGACCACUGAAGAUGGCUAUGUUCUUACAGUGUACCAUAUACCAGGGGACGGUUGCCCCGUUCUCCUAGUUCACGGCGUUAUAGAUUCCUCCGAUACUUUCAUCAUAAAGGGAAAUGACUCUAUGGCUAUUACUUUAGCCAACUCAGGAUACGACGUCUGGCUUGCUAAUAUGCGGGGUAAUAAACAUUCUCGACGCCACAUUAGUCUUAAUCCAAACACCGAUAAAGAAUUUUGGAAUUUUGGUGUACAUGAAUUGGGCUACUAUGACUUACCUGCGACUAUAGACUUUGUACUGGAAAAAACGGGACGAAAACAGCUAAUGGCCAUUGGACAUUCGCAAGGUACCACUGUAUUUUACGUAAUGGGAUCUACUAGACCAGAAUAUAAUGAGAAGAUCAAACUUCUGAUAGCUAUGGCACCGAUAUGUUUCCUGAACCACAUAAGACCACCAGUGAACGCUGUAGCGGAGCUUGGUCCUCAAAUCAACGAUAUACUUUUGCUUGCAGGAAUAGAGGAACUAUUGAAUGACCACGCAGCAAUAAAAACUUUGUUGAAGUUAAUAUGUCCUAUUAUACCGAUUAAUCGAGAGAUUUGUGCCGCAGGAUUUCAAUUAGUGGCAGGGUGGGACCCGAAGGAAUUUAGCUCUGAUUUCAUAGACGUGAUUAUCACACACUACCCAACCAGCGUUUCUAGGAAGAAUGCCCUUCAUCUUUCUCAAAUAUUUAUAGCUAAAAACUUCCAACAAUUCGACUACGGCGUCGAGGGUAAUCUUAAAGUAUACAAAUCCAAAACUCCUCCAGAAUAUGACUUGAGUAAUGUUACUAUGCAUGUGGAGUUGUUUACUGGUAGAAAUGACAAGUUGUCUACGGUAGAAGACGUACAAAUAUUGAGGGAGAAAUUACCUAAUAAUAACUAUCGGUUGAUUGAUAAUAAAAAGAUGAAUCACUUGGAUUUCGUUUGGGGUAGACAUAUGAAUGAAUACUUGUAUCCUCUAGUUCUUGAAGCAUUGGAAACAAGCAAUGAACUUGAAUAA